AGGUAUCCAUACAAGUGAUUCUAUUGAUUUGCCCCCUUUCUCUAGGUGAGAAAAAAGAAAAGCAAAAAAUCUGUCUCUUUGCAUGAUUGUGGCUAAAUCCAUCCAGUUGAUAAAGGGGAAGAUAUAAAUAUGUUGGCAAAGAAGGCCAAAUCAGAGAUAAGACUGUAUUUAUUGCCUAUUUAUGUAAUUACGUGUGUCACUAAGGACAAAGGUCCUUGAAACAGACGAAGGCAGAGUAGACACACUUCCUGAUAAUCAGAUAGAUGGAUUUGCUACCACUUCCCUUUUCAUGAAUUUUUUUUUCUGUAUAGUUUGCCGAUCCUAGUUUUAAAAUCAUUAUGAAAACUUAACUAUCUUUCUGGGUACAAUUAGAUGGCUGAAAAUAUGCUCCACUCCAAUAAAAAGAAAAUGAAGACUUUUCAAGAGCAUUCAUAGGCUUCAAGUCAGGAGGACUGCACAUACCUCCUGGGGUCUGAUAGCCCUUGCGCUGUGAGAAGGUAUCCCUGGGCCCACAGCACCAUGGACAUGGUAGGCGAAAAUGAGGCCCUGCAGCAGUUCUUCGAAGCUCAGGGGACUGAUGGCCCUCUGGGGAAUCCGGCCCUGGAUACAAGUCUGCUGGAGGAGUUCCUGGGCAAUGAUUUCGAUCUGGGGGCCUUGCAACGCCAGCUCCCAGACACCCCACCUGAUUCUGCAUCAGACUCCUGCUCUCCUCCACAGGUCAAAGGUGCAUGUUGUCCGCCCCUGAGACCUACAGAUGUGAGGACUCCAGAUCCUUCUCUCCACACCACAGCCACACCUGGGAUGUUACCUGCACACCUGUUCCAGAGCUCACCUGAAAUGAGUGACUUUGGCCGUAUCCACUGUGGCUUUCACAACUGCUACCCAGACACCAGUCAUCUGGACCAAUCCAUGCCCUCCCAUCUGGGAAUAAGCCAUUCUUACCAUCAGCAGCCUCUAUGCCACAGCCCUGGAGCCUCAUGGCCACCAUCCAAGAAGAGAAAGUGCACGCAGGGGCUGGAGGACUCCAGGAACUCUCAAGUGUGGACCCACCGCUCCAGAACAAUGUCAAGUAGGAAUCACAGCAGUGAAGUGCAGGACCAUGAUAGUGAGGGACAGAAUGUGAUGCUUGCGGACCAGUGCCCUCCUGCUCUGAAGUGGCAGCCCUACCAGAGUCUUCCUUGGCAUAGUUUAUUCAACGGUCAUUACGAAAAACUUUUAUUUAAACAGCCAAUCUAUGCACCACUGAUCUGGAAAAAAAAAAAAAGGAGAACACAUAACACAGAUGGUAUCAACUCAAAGGUAGAAGCCACCAAUCAAAUAAUUGCUAUUGAACAGUCCCAAGCAGAUAGAAGCAAAAAGAUUUUCAAUCCUGUUAAAAUCGACCUGCUGGCCAACCAGGCCACCAAAGUAACUCUGGGCCGGUUACACUUCAGUGAAACCACUGCAAAUAACAUGAGGAAGAAAGGAAAACCGAAUCCUGAGCAGAGGUACUUCAUGUUGGUGGUUGGACUGUAUGCCGCUGUGCAAGACCAGUUCCACCUGUUGGCUGCCCACAUCUCUGAACGGAUCAUUGUGAGGGCCUCUAACCCUGGGCAGUUUGAGAAUGACAGUGAUGCAUUAUGGCAGCGAGGCCAAGUCCCAGACGCUGUUGUCUGUCAUGGUCGAGUGGGAAUAAACACAGAGGCACCCGAUGAAGCUCUGGUUGUUUGUGGCAACAUGAAAGUGACGGGGACAAUUAUGCAUCCCUCUGACAGCCGGGCAAAGGAAAACAUCCAGGAGGUUGACACAAAUGAACAGCUGAGAAGAAUAGCCCAAAUGAGGAUCGUUGAAUACGACUACAAGCCAGAGUUCGCGUCUGUGAUGGGCAUAAACACUGCCCAUCAGACAGGCAUGAUUGCCCAGGAGGUUCGAGAGGUCCUGCCUAGAGCCGUGAGAGAGGCCGGAGACGUCACGUGUGAAAACGGAGAGACGCUGGAGAGCUUCCUCAUGGUGGAUAAGGACCAGAUUUUUAUGGAAAAUGUAGGUGCAGUGAAGCAGCUCUGCAAAUUAACCAACAACCUUGAAGAAAGAAUAGAAGAGUUAGAAAUAUGGAACAGAAAGCUGGCCAGGCUAAAGCGGCUCAGCAGUUUGAAGUCCUCUGCCAGUGAAACAAGUUCAACCAGCAAAUUUAGCAGAGCUCUUAGUGCAUCUUCUCCAAAAAAGGACAUUCCCCAAAAAAGCAACAAGGUUUAUUUUUCAGGAAGAAAACGACUGUGUCCUAACUGGGUUUUCCAGACUCUGGUUAUAACUCUCAUUGCUGUGAUGGCAUUUUGUGCCUUGACGAUAGUCUCCCUUUACAUACUUAGCUUAAAAGGUCAAGACCAACGUGCCCCAAAUCUCUCUCUGAGCAAUGUCACAUGCUCUCGGGAGCCUCCGACCACAGCCUCCCCCUCAGCAUCUAAUAUGUCCCAGGCAACCACGCAGCCCUCCUUCCAAGUACCAGAAAUCACCUUCUGUGAGAUCCUGCCGUGUCAGGAGACUCACUGCUGCCCCAUCUGGGGAAAGAGACGAGUCCUCUCAAGUCCUAUGCAACGGCCGUCGGGGGAGCAGGAAGUGCAUCAGAGGCCAUGGGCAGAAGAAGGAAGCCCAUCCUUCCUGGUGAGCGAUGUGCUGUCCAGCCCAGACUGGGGGAGCGACUGGAUUGAUACAACCAUCAGUUCUAUUCAGAUUAUGGAAAUCCAGCAAAUAAUAGAUCAUCGGUAUUGCAGUAGAAGCCUCAAGUGCGGGUCUGGAAAUUACAAUUACAAUAUUCCUGUUAAUAAGCACACACCCACCAAUGUCAAAUUCUCUCUGGAAAUCAACACAACAGAACCAUUGAUAGUCUUCCAGUGCAAAUUCACCCUUGGAAAUAUAUGUUUCCAUAGCAAAAGGGGAGCCAAAUGGAUGCAAAGCCAUGGAGAAGUCUCCCAGGAAAUGACACAGGGAUACCAGCACAUUUGGAGCCUCCCUGUCGCCCCAUUCUUUGAUAGUGCAUACCAUUUCCGUGUAGCUGCACCGGACUUAGCAGACUGUUCAACGGACCCUUAUUUUGCUGGAAUAUUCUUCACAGAUUACUCCUUCUACUUCCAUCGGCACUGUGUUUAACUCAUUCAAGUUUGGGUGGGGGCUUUACCAGAGAAACAUACCAAGAAAUACGCUUGAUGGAAACCUUCUUCUUCUUGCAACUUCUUUCUUCUUUUUGUGAAUAAAAUAUUCACAUUUUUUGGUGAAGGACUUUUUCGGGCUUUGGAUCCAACAGUUUUGAGACAUUAAUGAGGAGAAUAAAGUGUCUGCUGGAACUUGAGAUAAUGUGGUGUUUGGUGUUGUCAUGACUGUGAAGAAAACAUUUCCUGGAGUACACAGCACUAUUGGAUUUGAAAAUACUGCUUCUGCUAUUAAGGAAGUUGUGAGGUCAAAGUGGGCAGGUCCAACGUAACUUUGUCUUCAUGUAUUGCAAAGCUUUUGAAAAAAGCAAAAAGGCCCAGUUCAGCGAUGUCAGCUGGGACCCACCAUAGACUCCAGGGAGUGUGUGAUACGGCAUGUGCUUGUGGGCCAGGGUAUGUGAGUCUGAUGCUGAGCUCACAUCUAGGCAAACUGUUACAAUGUACUUGCAGGAGUGUGUAUGUGCAUGUGUGUGCACACAUUGUACAUGCAUUGCACUAUAGAAUGUAGCUUGCUAGUGAAUUGGAUUUAAAAGAAACAGAGCAAUUCUACUUCGGAAUAUUUGAUGGACACUAAACUAAAUGUUCUGUGCCCUCUUGUGAAGCACUAGCUUGUGGCAGUCUUUUAACCCAGAGAAUCUAGGCCCAGAGAGUUGAUCUUCCCAUUGUCAUUGCUUUUUUCAUUUUUUGCUGUUUUGUUUUUCCUCUCUAUUACAGGGCUUUCAGACCUGUCUCCAUAGUUUAUAGCUGAAUGAUCUUUGGGUACUUCUGCCUGGCUUUGGGGUAGAUUUAUGUGCUUUUCCCAACUUAGAAUGGCCAGAAAUCCUCUAGCUGGAACAUAGCGACCAUGUCUUCUAUUUUUUGUAUUCUGAUGUUUUGACAUCUUAGAGUCUCACUGGUGCUAGUGGGACUACCCGCCAGGGUUAACCAAUUCCUAGAGGUAGUAAACUUGUCCACAAGCUUCAGAUUGUUGGUUUCAAAUACAAGCCAAUCAAUCCAAAACCUGUACCAAACCACCUUCUUUGUUGGAUUCUCAUGCACCCUAUGCCCUAAUCACCCCAGGGUCAGGUACAGACAGCUAGGCCCCAGUAACCCAGAGCCUGGUGAUCUUACUCAAAUGAGCCAAUCCUAAGCCAGUUUGCCUGCCUCUUUGUGCGGAAACUUCAAUAAAAGCUCUUGCUCCAUUUUUCCAUCUCCCUCUGCCUCUUGAUGGACCCUAGUGUUUCCCAAUGUGGA